AUGGCGAGGAAGAUGCUCGUCGACGGGGAGGUGGCGGCCGUCGCGGACGCCGGGCAGUACGACUACGAUCUCUUCGUCAUCGGGGCGGGCAGCGGCGGCGUUCGCGGCUCUCGCUUCGCCGCCUCCUUCGGAGCUAAGGCUGCAAUUUGUGAGCUCCCAUUCCACCCCAUCAGCUCAGAUUGGCUAGGAGGACAUGGUGGGACGUGUGUGAUACGUGGUUGUGUACCCAAAAAGAUACUUGUGUAUGGUGCAUCUUUCAGUGGAGAAUUUGAGGAUUCAAAGAAUUUUGGGUGGGAGAUUAAUGGAGACAUUAACUUCAAUUGGAAAAAGUUAUUGGAAAAUAAGACUAAAGAAAUUGUUAGAUUAAAUGGAGUGUAUCAGAGGAUCCUUACCAAUGCCGGUGUGACAAUGAUUGAAGGGGCAGGCAGUCUAGUUGAUGCUCAUACUGUUGAAGUUAGCCAGCCCGAUGGUUCAAAGCAAAGGUAUACAGCGAAGCACAUUUUGAUUGCGACUGGUAGCCGUGCUCAACGUGUCAACAUACCUGGAAAGGAGCUGGCUAUUACUUCAGAUGAGGCCUUGAGCUUGGAGGAUCUUCCAAAGCGCGCUGUAAUCCUCGGUGGCGGAUAUAUUGCUGUUGAAUUUGCUUCUAUUUGGAGGGGGAUGGGUGCUGAAGUAGAUUUGUUCUAUCGAAAAGACCUUCCUCUAAGAGGUUUUGAUGAUGAGAUGAGAGCUGUUGUUGCAAGCAACCUUGAGGGAAGGGGAAUCAAAUUGCAUCCAGGGACAAAUCUGUCUGAGUUGAGUAAAACGGCUGAUGGCAUAAAAGUUGUAACUGAUAAAGGAGACGAGCUCAUUGCAGAUGUUGUUCUAUUUGCGACAGGGCGCACACCAAACUCCCAGAGACUGAACUUGCAAGCUGCAGGUGUCGAGGUUGACCAGAUUGGGGCCAUCAAGGUUGACGAAUAUUCUCGUACAUCUGCUCCUAGUGUAUGGGCUGUGGGUGAUGUAACAAACCGGAUCAAUCUAACACCUGUUGCAUUGAUGGAGGCAACUUGCUUUGCCAAAACUGUGUUUGGUGGCCAGCAAGUUAAGCCUGAUCACAGAGAUGUUCCUUGUGCUGUUUUCUCCAUUCCACCACUAUCUGUAGUGGGCCUCAGCGAACAACAGGCCUUGGAGGAAGCCAAUGGCGAUAUUCUUGUUUUCACCUCAUCAUUCAACCCAAUGAAGAACAGCAUAUCCAAGCGUCAGGAGAAGACUGUCAUGAAACUGGUAGUUGACGCUGAAACUGACAGAGUACUUGGUGCAUCCAUGUGUGGACCAGAUGCACCUGAAAUUAUCCAGGGCAUCGCUAUUGCUCUUAAAUGUGGAGCCACAAAAGCGAACUUCGACAGUACUGUCGGAAUUCACCCUUCUGCUGCUGAAGAGUUUGUGACCAUGCGGACCGUGACAAGGCGCGUGAGCCCGACAUCCAAGCCAAAGACGAACUUGUAA